AUGGCAUUGGAUUUAGUUAGUAUAGCGCAGCCUCAUUACAUACCUGGUUACACGGGUCACUGUCCAGAAUAUAAGUAUCGUAUUGGCGAUACAUAUGGCUCAACAACCCACAAGAUACUUCUGGACCCUAGCGUCAAUCACUCGGAGAGGCUGGUUUUAUCAGACAGGACUGCUGAUGAUUUCCAGGUAUAUCGACCGCCUCAGACUGACAUCGAUGUCGUAAACGCGAGAUUUCGAAAUGGCGACCCAGUGUACAAACACCCCAUGAUACCAGGAUACGAAGGUUUCUUGCCUCGGCUGAAUGCACAUUUUGGUCAGCGCUACACAGUCGCCGCAACAGAGGCUCUAUCGGAAUUCCAAAAGUCACAGCUAAACCAACGAGCCGCGAGAAAUCAACUUGAAAGGGUUGUAGACUUGCAAACUGGGAAAGGACAGCCGUGGGAUCUUGUUGAUAGAUUUUCGGCGACAGCGGAAUUUAAACUACCCUUAGUAGUAGUGAGACCGGAAUGUGCGGGAAUAUUGAGAGAUGUGCCGAUGGAUGAGCCGAAGUUGUCAUCACCGUCACAUUCUAUUAGUCCUUAUUUCAUGGAAAAUGACAAUCCUGACAAAUUUAUCAAGAAAGGAUUUGCCGGACAUGUGCCCUAUGGUUUCCAACGAUUUGGCGAGUCUUCAAAGAAGCUGACCAAUUCCGCUCUUUGCGACUUUUCGGCUAAUUAUAGACGAAGACAGAGUACUGAGUGGGCGCCUGUAAAUGUUGUCAAACCUGACCCUCCCCUGUCUAUCAAUCCAACGGAGAUCUAUCACAAACACGUUGGGAUGUUGCCGAACUACGCUGGCCAUGUUCCUGGAACGGUUUUUAGAUUUGGUAAGACAUACGGAAAUGACACACGAGAUGCGAAAAGAUGGUUGCGUGGAGAUUUCACUUCUUAAUAUUUUAAAUUGAAAGUACUAAAAAAGGGUGAACAGAUUUUGAAUGAAAUAUUUUUCAAUUUCGAACAUUUUAUAUAAAGGAGUUUUUUGUUCUUGAAAUAAAAGUCUUAAGAAUUAAAA